AUGCAAUUAGCUUCAUCUCACACACUCUUAUUAACGCGCAUUGAUCGUAUUGCUCGAACCAUUCUAAAGACUGCUGUUCAUGAUUUAUUACAUCUCAACGUUGCUGUUGAGAUAAUGAAAGAACUUCAGGAAUUAAUGGAAGCACAACGAAAGAUGGCUGUUGGUAAUGCUGAUGCCGAAGACUUGUUAACGAAAUUAAUUUACGUUUUCGCUGAUGUUACAAGAGCUGUUGAAGCAGUGAAUUGUCCUUGGGCUGAAACGCAUCAAGAAUUUUCGGGUGAUGGCGGAAUAAAUGAUACGUUGACAACUGGUUCAGAGUGGUCUUCACCAUUGCCGUCGCCAUUGCUUCCCACGACUCCAUCUUCAUAUUCUCCGCCUCUAAUAUUACAUGAAAGGCGCAAGUCUUCCUUAGAAAUCGAUGGAAAUAAUAAAUCAAAUGCACUUUUAUCACCACAACAUGCGUAUUCGUCUCCAUUAGCUCGUCAUGUUACUAUGCCCCCAAUAACGCCAGCCUCCAAAAUUACUCUUGAACAGCGUCGUGCUUCUGCGAAUGAAGCGAUAUUCGAAAGUCCGAUAAUGUACGUUCCUCCUCCUCGUUCAAGUAUGGAUGACAAUAUUAUUACUUGGAACAAUUUAACAAAGAAGCAAGUAGAUCAGAUGCUUCAUGAGGAAAUGAAUAGGGAAAUUGAUUUUGGCAUAAGGUUGAAAAAACAGCAAGAAGAUGUGGAUCAAGACUCUAGGAAAAAAUCGAAAAAAUCGAAGCCAAUGAUGAACUUUUUCAAAUCACUAAAAAAUGCGUUUAAUAGCCCCACAUCAUCGACUAGUGUAUCGCCAAUUGGGUCCCCAACUCGAUCAAUUAUUCAACCGAGUCCCAUUCGUAAUACACAUCUACCACGUCCUCAACCAUUGGAAAGCCAACGAUCUUAUUCUUUUGAUUCACAGUCACGUCCAUUGUCUGGUCGUAGUAAUUCAUUAAUGUCAACAAAAAGUGAUAAUAAUUUUGUUAGCGGUCAUAGUGUAACCGUAACUCCAAAUUUUCCAAUUCCGCAUGAUUAUAUACUAUGUCGUAUUUGUGAGGAAAUGAUUCCUAGUUAUGAGAUAGUAGCGCAUUCAGAAACAUGUACUAUCACUACAGAAUAUGCGAUUAAAUUACAGGAAUGUGACGGUAGGCUUCGCAGGUUAAUUGGGGAUGUUACAAAGAGAAAGGCAGAAAUCAUGGAAAGAAAUACCCCUUACCAAGACUAUUAUAUUAUAAAAGACUCAGAAGUGAUGGAAGAAACUGGAUUAAAGGCAACUGAAAUCAAAGAAUCAUUAAAUCAUCGAGAAGCUCUUAGAAAAAUAGAAAAAUAUGCAACGAA